CGAAUCUUUGUUAUUUAUAUCAAAUGUAUUAGUUUUUUUUUGGACGCUAAAAGCAAUAAUUGCAAAAUGACGUCAAUUAUUAAACUGCACACCAUAUCUGGUGCCAUGGAUGAAUCGCCGCCUUGCUACAUUCUACAAAUUGACGAUGUGCGAAUACUGCUCGACUGUGGCUGGGAUGAGAAAUUUGAUCCAAAUUUUAUAAAGGAAUUGAAAAGGCAAGUGCAUACACUGGAUGCCGUGCUGCUCUCCCAUCCAGAUGCAUAUCAUCUGGGUGCACUUCCGUAUCUCGUUGGCAAGUUGGGACUCAAUUGUCCCAUUUACGCCACGAUACCCGUCUUCAAAAUGGGCCAAAUGUUUAUGUACGAUUUGUACAUGUCACAUUUUAAUAUGUACGAUUUCGAUCUGUUUUCACUAGACGAUGUGGACACAGCCUUUGAUAAAAUCACACAGUUAAAGUACAAUCAAACGGUGUCGCUGAAGGGCAAAGGAUAUGGGAUUUCCAUAACGCCGCUCAGCGCUGGACACAUGAUAGGCGGUACCAUUUGGAAGAUCGUCAAGGUUGGCGAGGAAGACAUAGUGUAUGCCAUCGAUUUCAACCACAAGAAGGAACGGCAUCUCAGUGGCUGUGAAUUGGACAGACUGCAGCGACCAUCGCUACUGAUCACCGACGCCUACAAUGCACAAUAUCAACAGGCGCGACGACGUGCCCGCGAUGAAAAACUGAUGACCAACAUUCUGCAGACGGUGCGCAACAAUGGCAAUGUGCUCAUCGCUGUCGAUACGGCUGGUCGUGUCCUGGAGCUGGCCCACAUGCUCGACCAGCUGUGGAAGAACAAAGAAUCAGGCUUAAUGGCCUAUUCGCUGGCACUUCUGAACAACGUCAGCUACAACGUCAUCGAGUUUGCCAAGUCGCAAAUCGAAUGGAUGAGCGACAAGCUGACCAAAGCCUUCGAAGGUGCACGCAACAAUCCCUUCCAAUUCAAGCACAUAAAUCUGUGCCACACCCUGGCCGAUGUCUACAAGCUGCCUGUCGGUCCGAAGGUGGUGCUGGCCAGCACACCGGACAUGGAGAGUGGCUUCACACGUGACCUGUUCGUACAAUGGGCAGGUAAUCCCAAUAACAGUAUCAUUUUCACAACACGCACCGGUCCGGGUUCGUUGAGCAUGGAGCUGGUGGAGAAUUCGGUGCCGGGUAGACAACUUGAGUUGGAUGUGCGUCGUCGCGUGGAGCUCGAAGGCGCCGAACUAGAGGAAUAUUUGCGCACACAGGGCGAAAAGUUAAAUCCGUUGAUUGUCAAGCCAGAAGUGGAAGAGUCGAGCAGCUCCGAGUCCGAGGAUGAUAUUGAAAUGAGCGUCAUAACGGGCAAACACGAUAUUGUGGUCCGGGCGGAGGGUCGCCAUCAUUCCGGCUUCUUCAAGUCAAACAAACGCCAUCACGUCAUGUUUCCGUUCCAUGAGGAAAAGAUCAAGUACGACGAUUAUGGGGAGGUUAUCAAUUUAGAUGACUAUCGCAUUGUAGACGCCAACUAUGACUACACGGCCAUGGACGAUCAGAACAAGGAGAAUGUCAAAAAGGAGGAGCCCCACGCCGAACUGCAUUCAAAUGGCAAUCUGGACAAUGAUGUCCAACUGCUGGAGAAGCCCACCAAGCUGAUUAGUCAACGCAAGACAAUCGAGGUCCAUGCACAAAUCCAACGCAUCGAUUUCGAGGGACGAUCCGAUGGCGAAUCGAUGCUUAAGAUUCUAUCCCAGCUGCGCCCGCGUCGCGUCAUUGUCGUCCAUGGCACUGCCGAGGGCACCCAGGUGGUAGCCAAGCACUGUGAACAGAAUGUGGGCGCCCGUGUCUUCACGCCCCAGAAGGGCGAAAUAAUCGAUGUGACAACGGAGAUCCACAUUUAUCAAGUGCGUCUCACCGAGGGUCUCGUCUCCCAGCUGCAGUUCCAAAAGGGCAAAGACGCCGAGGUGGCCUGGAUCGAUGGCCGACUUGGCAUGCGUCUGCAGGCAAUCGAUGCACCCAAUCAAUCGGAAAUCACCGUCGAACAGGAUGUGGCCGCCCAGGAGGGCAAAACUCUCACCUUGGAGACGCUCGCCGAAGACGAGAUACCCGUGCACAACUCGGUCUUGAUCAACGAACUCAAAUUGUCCGACUUCAAGCAGGUCCUCAUGCGCAACAGCAUCAACUCGGAAUUCUCUGGCGGCGUUCUAUGGUGUUGCAACGGAACUCUCGCGUUGCGACGCGUCGACACCGGCAAGGUGGCCAUGGAGGGCUGCAUAUCGGAGGAAUACUACAAGAUACGUGAACUGCUCUAUGAGCAGUAUGCCAUUGUGUGAACGAUAAAUAAUAAUAAAAAAAAAAAAAACAAACAUAU